AUGGCGUCAACUACCAGUUCCACUUCAAGCUCUGGCUCAGAGACUCAUUGGUUCGAAAAUGUAGUUGUACUUGAUCUGGAUCUCGAAGUACAAGAAGUCGAAAAACAACCUGUUGUAGAGGCUCCAUCUACUCCAGCUCGCAUCACCCGUUCUCAAUCUCUUACCCGCCUAGGCAUCCAGCAGAGAUUCACGCAUCCAAAUUCGCAUUUGAAGACCACAGAAGCUGAUGUUGUUGAUUUCGAUGGUGCUGAUGAUCCUUAUCAACCUCUGAAUUGGCCAUUCAGAAAGAAGCUGAUCACUACAUUUGUCUAUGGCUUGUUCACCAUGACUUCGACCUGGGCAAGUUCUGUAUACAGUCCUGCUAUUGACCAAGUUGCAGCCGAAUUUAAGGUUUCUCCUGAGGUUAGUCUACUAGGUGUAAGCUUCUUAUUGCUAGGAUUUGGAUUUGGUCCUCUGCUAUGGGCUCCUCUUUCUGAAAUUUAUGGCAGAAAGGCUGCAGUCUUAACUCCAGUCUUCAUCUCAGCAUGCUUUUCAUUUGGUUCCGCCACUGCGAAAGACAUUCAGACACUGCUCUUGACACGAUUCUUUGCUGGUAUUUUCGGAGCUGCUCCUGUGACAAAUACCGGCGGCGUUCUAUCUGAUAUCUGGGCACCCCAAUCGCGAGGAACAGCUAUCGUCGGCUAUGCGUUUGCUGUUGUUGGAGGUCCUACCAUGGGUCCCAUUGUGGGAGGAGCCAUCACAUCAAGCUAUCUGGGAUGGAGAUGGACAGAAUAUAUAACCGGAAUCAUGCAAAUGGCAGUCUUACUCCUUGGCGCUCUUGUCCUUAACGAAACCUAUCCAGACGCACUCCUAGUCACCAAAGCACGUCGUCUCCGCCACGAUACUGGAAAUUGGGCUUUACAUGCCAGACACGAAGAGCGCAGCUUCAGCUUUAGAGAGAUGGGCGAUAAGUUCUUGAUGCGACCCUUUCGUUUACUGGGAACCCCGAUUUGCUUUCUCAUGGUACUUUAUGCUUCGUUUGUUUAUGGAAUUCUCUAUUUGUGCCUGGCUGCGAUUCCUGUACAAUUUGCACUGGCUAGAGGCUAUGGACCUGUAACUUCAGAACUUCCAUUUCUUGCGCUUCUCCUAGGUACAAUCUUCGGUGGCGCUGCAAACAUUCUCAACAAAAAAUUCUAUACCCGCAAGUUUGAAGCAAAUAACAACCAGCCCGUCCCCGAAGCUCGCCUCCCUCCAAUGAUGAUCGGCAGUAUAUUCUUCGCAGCAGGUCUCUUCAUCUUCGGCUGGACAUCCUCCUCAAACAUUCACUGGGUAGCUCCAUGCAUCGGCCUCGUCUUCAUGGGAUUUGGCUUCUUUACCAUUUUCCAAUCUGCGCUCAACUAUCUCAUCGACACUUUCUCCUCAUGUGCAGCAAGUGCGGUUGCGGCCCAAACAUUUGUACGAGCCCUCUUUGCUGCCUUGUUUCCCCUGUUUGUUACUCCCAUGUUUCAGGGUUUGGGAAUUGAGUGGGGAAGUAGUGUGCUGGGUUUCGUUGCAACGGCGCUUAUACCCAUUCCGUUCUUGUUUUAUGUUUAUGGUAAGAGGAUUAGAAUGAAGGGUAAAUUCACCACCAAGUAG